GCAAAAGUAUCUGUAUGUGCAGCGACAUUAAAAAUUUCGUACAUACGAUUCAAAAGUGUUAAGACAGAAGUAAAAUCAUUCGUUUAUAACUGGCACUUAAACGACCGCCAAAAUGCAAGACCAUAACAAGAGGGGAGCAACAAAGCGGGAAACCUAAUUAAAAUAAUUAAAUUUCAACUGGGCAGCGCUUGGGUAAAAAUAUGCUUACGUGGCUGAUGAUGGACGUCCUGCAGUUUGUGAAAGGGGACAUGGCACCCGAUCCAGAAGGAAACACCACAAGCUGGUAUAAUGCGAACGAGAGCCUAUAUACCACGGAACUGAACCAUAGAUGGAUAGGCGGUAGUUCCACAAUUCAGCCAGAGGAGCCGCUAUAUGGCACCGAUUUGCCCACCUAUGAGCAUUGCAUAGCCACGCGGAAUUCCUUUGCUGACUUGUUCACCGUGGUUCUCUACGGAUUUGUUUGCAUUAUAGGCUUAUUUGGCAACACGCUGGUGAUCUACGUCGUGCUGCGCUUUUCCAAAAUGCAAACGGUCACCAAUAUAUAUAUCCUUAAUCUGGCGGUGGCAGAUGAGUGUUUCCUGAUUGGCAUACCCUUUCUGCUCUACACGAUGCGAAUUUGCAGCUGGCGAUUCGGGGAGUUCAUGUGCAAAGCCUACAUGGUGAGCACUUCCAUCACCUCCUUUACUUCGUCCAUUUUCCUGCUCAUCAUGUCUGCAGAUCGGUAUAUAGCCGUGUGCCACCCGAUUUCCUCGCCCCGAUAUCGAACUCUGCACAUAGCCAAGGUGGUCUCAGCGAUUGCCUGGUCAACUUCGGCGGUCCUCAUGCUGCCCGUGAUCCUGUAUGCCAGCACCGUGGAGCAGGAGGAUGGGAUCAACUACUCCUGCAACAUCAUGUGGCCAGAUGCGUACAAGAAGCACUCGGGCACCACCUUCAUACUCUACACAUUUUUCCUGGGAUUCGCCACACCGCUGUGCUUCAUCCUGAGCUUUUACUACCUGGUCAUAAGGAAGCUGCGAUCGGUGGGUCCCAAACCAGGCACCAAGUCCAAGGAGAAGAGGCGGGCUCACAGGAAGGUCACCCGACUGGUUCUGACGGUGAUAAGUGUAUACAUCCUUUGUUGGCUCCCCCACUGGAUUUCGCAGGUGGCCCUGAUUCACUCGAAUCCCGCUCAGAGGGACCUAUCCCGACUGGAAAUACUCAUCUUUUUGCUCUUGGGUGCACUGGUGUACUCGAAUUCGGCGGUGAAUCCCAUACUGUAUGCCUUCCUGAGUGAGAACUUCCGCAAGAGCUUCUUCAAGGCCUUCACCUGCAUGAAUAAGCAGGAUAUUAACGCCCAACUGCAGCUGGAGCCCAGUGUAUUCACAAAACAGGGUAGUAAAAAGCGGGGCGGAUCCAAGCGCCUGCUGUCCAACAAUCCGCAGGUGCCCCCGCUGCUGCCAUUGAAUGCUGGCAACAACAAUUCAUCGACCACCACAUCCUCGACUACGACGGCGGAAAAGACCGGAACCACGGGGACACAGAAGUCCUGCAAUUCCAACGGCAAAGUGACAGCUCCGCCGGAGAAUUUGAUUAUAUGUUUGAGCGAGCAGCAGGAGGCCUUUUGCACCACCGCGAGAAGAGGAUCAGGUGCAGUGCAGCAAACAGAUUUGUAACCCAGUAACAAUUUCGUUUAAAUAAUUAUAUGGAUGAUCAACACAAAGUAUAUAGGGCAUUUAAAUGAUUUUGUAACUCUUUCUUAUUCAGACAAAUGAAGAACUUAAGACUAAGCAGUAUUAAUAUGUGUCUACAUAGUAAAAAGUUCAACCAAGAUUUGAAAACAAGUCUGUACAACCGCACAUCGAUAUAUUAGCAAUAUAAAAGAGUG